AUGAUGAGGUCCCUUGUUUGGGUCCCUUAACUCGCAGAAUUUUUAAUAAGGAUCUCUUGUUCAGACAGAAGAGUUUCACAGCAGCUGCUGAUUUUAACUAUGUCAUUUCUCCGGACUCUUGUCAACAGUUCUGUCAUCGUUCAUCCUCCAGGCUUCUACAUCAUCGGAUUUCAGUCUUUUGCAUCUGCGAACGUCUUCUUCAUCUUUUUGGCGUUUGUUUAUGUAGUCACAGUGCUGUUUAACGGUUUACUGAUUAUCAUUGUGGUUAUUAAUCCAUCCUUACACACUCCAAAAUUUCUGGCUGUCAUCAACCUUGCAGUGGUGGAUUUAUGCUUUACUACAUGCACCAUUCCUGGCAUGAUUAAGACAUUUCUUUUUAAGGUUAAUUUUGUUCCAUUCAACUCGUGUCUGGUGCAGAUGUAUUUUUAUUAUGUCUUUGCUCCUUUGGAGUCCUAUGCGCUCAUGAUUCUGGCCUAUGACAGAUUGGUGGCGAUUUGUUUCGCUCUGCGCCACAACUCCAUCAACACAAUACGAAGCAUGUGCUGCAUCAUCAGCAUCACCUGGUGUUAUAAUCUGGGAGCGACGGCCUAUUCUGUGUCUUUGAUGACAAGACUGUCGUUUUGCAACUCUGUCACAGUGUUUAGUUAUUUCUGCGAUUAUGCGCCCGUGUACAGGCUUGCCUGCAAUGAUAACUCAAUGCAGUGGUUUGCAGGUACGUUUUUUAGUUAUUUGAACAUUUUAGUGCCUCUUUCUUUCAUUGUGGUGUCUUACAUAAGCAUCCUGCUGACUGUGUUCAAAAUGAAAACUAAUCGAGUAAAGACCUUGGCUACUUGUGCUGAACACAUCAUCCUUGUUGCAGUGUUUUACAUUCCCUUUUUUGUGAUCUACACACUCGGUUUUUAUUUGGGCCCGGUUAAUCCAGACCUGCGAGUUCUGUGUCUGUCAUUGGCCUCCUGCCUCCCGCCUUGCAUCAAUCCUAUUGUGUAUUCUUUGAAAACUAAAGAGAUUAAAACUCGAGCUUUGGCACUGAUUAGACAAAGUAAACGAAGCGUUCCUACUAAUUCUGAAAGAAUUAUUGUGGUGCUCAAAACAAGGAAAUAAUACAUUACUUUUAAGGUGAGAGGUUUAAAAUAACUAUGUUAUUACAACAUGUGUCUAAAAUUUGAAACACUUUAUCUAACAUCUAAAUAAAUCAUUUCAGGAUUGAAAUAUUGAGCAAGUUUUUAUGUCUUAUGUCAUAUAAAAAAAUGUUUUUGUUAUCUACUGCAUACCCCAGAUUCUUUAAACUCUGAUAUUUUAGACAAUGUCAAAAAUGCAUUAUUGAUAGUUGCAGUUUAUUUUAGUGCAUAUAUGUAUAUAUACUUAUAUGCAACUAAAUAUUAAUGGAUCUGUUUUUGUUGUUGUUGAAUGAGAGACAAUUAUUUGUUAACUUCUGUUUUACCUGACAAAAUUGUAUUUUCGUAAAAAAAAAUAAAUAAAUAAAAAUAAAAAAAAAUACUUUCUCAAAUUUUCUAAAGAAUUU